AUGCCACAAAUUGCUUUCUGUUUUCUUAAUACGAAUGCUAUAGUUUUGGAUAAUGACAGGCUAAAAUUAGCUUUUAUUAGGACUAUUAACUCCAAAGUUCGUAUGAUUUUCAUACAGGUAGCACCGCCUCAAAUGUCAAAUGUUGUAACAAUGAUGUGUGGAGCUUGUUCGAAUGAGAAUGCAAUGAAGCACAUGUUUAUUUCUUAUCAACGGAAAAUACGUGGAAAUGACACAGACUAUACGGAAACGGAAAUGAAAACCAGUAUUACCAAUUUACCACCAGGUUGUCCAGAGCUUUCGAUUCUUUCAUUCUAUGAAUCAUUUCAUGGUAGAACAUUGGGAGCUUUAAGCGUCACCCAUUCGAAAGCCAUUCACAAACUUGACUUUCCGGCAUUCGAUUGGCCCAUUGCUCAUUUUCCAAAAUACAAAUACCCGUUGAAUGAAAACAUGUGCGAAAAUGACAAGGAAGACGACCGAUGCCUUGCAGAAGUCGAAGAAUUAAUAGAAAAAUAUCGAAAAAAGGGAAAACCGGUAGCAGGAAUUAUUGUUGAACCAAUUCAAGCAGAAGGAGGAGAUAAUGAAGCGUCGCCAAUAUUUUUCCAAAAAUUACAAUUGAUUGCAAAACAAAAUUCUGCUUCUUUAUUAAUUGAUGAAGUGCAGACAGGAUGUGGUGUGACAGGAAAGAUGUGGUGUCACGAAUACUUCAACUUGCCUACUCCUCCUGACUUGGUAACCUUCAGCAAAAAAAUGCAAGUCGGUGGCUACUAUCAUACUGCGGAGAUGAAACCAUCGUUAUCAUACCGAAUUUUUAACACAUGGAUGGGAGACCCUGGUAAAUUACUGAUACUAGAAGAAGUUUUGAAUGUUAUGCAGCAAGAAAAAUUAAUAGAAAAUGUCAAUAAGGUUGGUAAGAAAUUGAUGAAUGAACUUUUUCAUCUGCAAUAUGAAUUUCCCAGCGUGAUUAAUUCUGUACGGGGCCGAGGAACAUUUUUAGCUUUCAAUGCUGCUGAUAGUAAAAUGAGGCAGAAACUGAUUUUAAAGCUUCAAGAACUAGGAAUAAAUAUUGGAGUUUGUGGUGAACGCUCUAUAAGAUUAAGGCCAGCCUUAACAUUUCAAGAACGCCAGGCUUCCAUGUUUUUAGACGCAUUGCGAGGUGCUAUUACGUUAGUGCUUGCCUAAAACUUUAGUGUACUAAACCGGAAAGCCGAGAAGGACAAACUUACUAAAUAGUUAUUUUUUAUAAGUGACAUACUCUUUAUUGUAUAUCUAUACGUACUGUUUGCUGUUUGAUUAGAAAAAGAAAUUUUGUAUUACAUUAAGAAUGGUUAUGAAGAAAGCCUCCUGCAUUCCUUAUUUUUCAUAAUCGUCUUAACACAUACGUAUUACGUUACAGUUAAUAAGCGAAAUCAGUCAAUUUGCAUAAUAACCGGAUAAUGUUCUAUACCUUUUAUUUUUACUUCUUAAAGGAUAGGUUAUGGUUGAGA